GCAAGUAGAUGGCGUCUUCCCAUAUGAACUCCAGCACCAUCUCUCCUGAAGAUCGCUGAGUCACAUCUCCAUAUACUCUCACAGAGAACACUUUCCAGGCUGUAUUUCAAGGGCUCUCACGCUCGAACACAAUGCUGACGAUCACGCUGAAGACCCUCCAGCAGCAGACGUUUAAAGUGCAGAUAGAUGAGGAGUUAACGGUUAAGGCUCUUAAAGAGAAGAUCGAGGAGGUGAAGGGAAAAGAUGCUUUCCCAGCUGUCGGUCAAAAACUUAUCUAUGCAGGCAAAAUCUUGAAUGAUGAUAUACCUCUAAAAGAAUACAAAAUAGAUGAGAAGAACUUUGUUGUGGUGAUGGCUACAAAGCCUAAAACUGCUGACCCCAUACCAGCCCCUGCCCCCCCAUCAGCAGCUCCAGCUCUAGUUAGUGAUGCCCUCCCCGAUACCCCUGUCCAUACACCCUCAGCUCCCGCAGAGCCACCGUCAGCCUCCGCAGUGCCUAUAUCUACCCCUGUUUCCACCCCUGUGGAGCCAGCAGCAUCAGUCGAGCCACCCUCGGCACCUGUUACAGCGCCCCCUGCAGUCUCGGAAAUUGGAGCAGAGUCCAUUAGUGUGACUCCAGUGCCAGAUUCAGAGGAGGGGGACCAGGCAGCCCAGCAGGAGCUACCCAGCGUCCAUUUCGAUACUUGCAUUGUGGAUGAAUUGGGUCUUUUAGAAGAAGCCGCAUCAAUAUUAGUUACAGGUCAAGCGUAUGAGAAUUUAGUGACGGAAAUCAUGUUGAUGGGUUACGAGCGAGAACAGGUGAUCGCCGCCCUGCGAGCAAGCUACAACAAUCCGGACAGGGCAGUGGAAUAUCUGCUUAUGGGUAUUCCCGCGGAAUCUGAGCAGCCUCCUCAGGAAGUGGUGCGGCCUGCCCCCGUUUCGAACCCCAGCCCCCCUGCACGACAGCGACCACAAGCGCCACCUGCUUCUGCAGCCGGUGCAGAAUCUGGAGCAGCGCAGGCAUCAGGAAACCCUCUGGAGUUUCUCAGGACCCAGCCGCAGUUCCAGCAAAUGCGACAGAUCAUCCAGCAGAACCCGGCGCUCCUGCCCGCACUGCUGCAGCAACUGGGCAGAGACAACCCUCAACUGCUGCAGCAAAUUACGCGACACCAAGAACGGUUUGUGCAGAUGUUAAACGAGCCACGUGGAGGCGAGGCUGGCGACGGAGCUGCGGAGGUCCAAGCCACACCACAGACGAACUACAUCCAGGUCACGCCACAGGAGAAGGAAGCAAUUGAGAGGUUAAAAGCCCUGGGAUUUCCUGAGGGACUCGUCAUCCAAGCGUAUUUUGCCUGCGAGAAAAACGAAAACCUUGCUGCGAACUUCCUACUUCAGCAGAACUUUGACGAUGAGUGAAUGUUAACGUGGGACUCGAUGAUGCUUGGAGGCAACGGAGAGGAUGCAAGCAUGUUGCGUGUUUGUGCGUGAAUGUGUGUUAAAAAAUGUUGAAAGUUGACUGGUCUUCCAUGGUGAUUAUCAUGGAGUUAAAAACGAAGCCAUGAUGUGAAGUUUAAAUCGGAGCACAGCUUCUUUUUUCUUUUUUUGAUGAUAGAUAUAGAUGAUCCUUGAAAAUGAGGUGUCUGUUGUCUGUCUGGUUUCUGCUGCUAUCACUGCUGUGUGCAUUGAGCGAGUUUUCAUUUAUCACCGAUAAAACCCUGACAAAAACUAAACUCAAGGUUAUCUAUCAUUUCUCACCCUUUACUCGGAAUCAUAAUUUUUUUUCAAAAGAAAUGUGACAGUUCACGAUUAUGAGAAAGCACCGCAGAUUUUGGCAGAAUUCAAACGCCGUUAUCACAGAUUCUUUUAUUAAAUAUUUUUGGCCAAUCUGAUAACACUGACAGCUACUAAUACGAGUGUAGUACUCUCAACUCAAUUAAAAACAUUUCACUACAUUCAAUAUGUCAUCUUAGGUCAUGUCUAAUUUUCACAACCUAUGUUUUCUGAGUUUUUAAUUAACCCUGAUAGCACACGUACAUCAUCCAGAUGAUUUGAUGUGUACGUUUACAUCUGGAAGACGUAUAUUUGAGGUUGUUUGCUCAUCUGCAAUACGUCUAUAAGACAUUUACUCUCAGAUACCAAUAAGAUGUUCAGCAGAUGUCUUUGAGAUGUUUAUGAUUUAGAAAAAGACAGAUCUUUUUAAGAUGUUCAGCAGAUGUCUUUGAGACGUUUAUGAUUUAGAAAAAGAAAGAUCUUUUUAAGAUGUUCAGCAGAUGUCUUUGAGAUGUUUAUGAUUUAGAAAAAGACAGAUCUUUUUAAGAUGUUCAGCAGAUGUCUUUGAGAUGUUUAUGAUUUAGAAAAAGACAGAUCUUUUUAAGAUGUUCAGCAGAUGUCUUUGAGACGUUUAUGAUUUAGAAAAAGAUCUUUUUAAGAUGUUCAGCAGAUGUCUUUGAGACGUUUAUGAUUUAGAAUGUUUGUAAAUCUGAUCUUUUUAAGAUGUUCAGCAGAUGUCUUUGAGACGUUUAUGAUUUAGAAAAAUAUCUUUUUAAGAUGUUCAGCAGAUGUCUUUGAGACGUUUAUGAUUUAGAAAAAGAUCUUUUUAAGAUGUUCAGCAGAUGUCUUUGAGACGUUUAUGAUUUAGAAUGUUUGUAAAUCUGAUCUUUUUAAGAUGUUCUGCAGAUGUCUUUGAGACGUUUAUGAUUUAGAAAAAUAUAUUUUUAAGAUGUUCAGCAGAUGUCUUUGAGACGUUUAUGAUUUAGAAAAAGAAAGAUCUUUUUAAGAUGUUCAGCAGAUGUCUUUGAGACGUUUAUGAUUUAGAAAACGAAAGAUCUUUUUAAGAUGUUCAGCAGAUGUCUUUGAGACGUUUAUGAUUUAGAAUGUUUGUAAAUCUGAUCUUUGUAAGAUGUUCAGCAGAAGUUAAUCAGAUUGUGAUGCUUUCCAGAUGAAAAGAUCUAAAACAGACAUCUCGGAGAUGUUAGUGUGCUAUCUGGGAAGUGGGAACUGGAAACUGUUUGGAAAGAUGUAUUUUCAAUGUUUUGCUAACUUAACAAUUAACACAACAGGUACAAAUCCCAUCGAACAGACUGGAUGUCUAUCAUUCAUCAGCUUUAUUUUGUUAGUGUCUAAUGAAAAAUGGUCCAUAUGCCAUGCAUUUUCCAUUUUCUUUCCAUUUGGAGCCAUUUCGGUUGAAAAAUUAUUUUGCAGUGUAUACUGCUGAACUAGCAGAUUUUGCUUUGUAAGCCACCUGCCAUUCUCAAAUUAAUAAUGUUAGAAAUGAACCAAAUGUUUUGCACUGCAUGGGUAUGUUGGUAAUCUUAAACAAACCCACUUAAAAAAAAGGAAAAUUAAAAGCUUGUAGAUUACAUCAACCUAUGGAAACUUUAGACUUAGAUUUUGGUAAUGUUAGUUUUGUAACAAUCCAGUUGACUACUUAGUCAUUGAAAAUGUUCUUUUAAAUCUAUUUUUAAGUUCUCACAUAGACAACAUAGUGAGUGAAAACCAGUUCAGUAUACAGUAGUAUCUGACCCGGAUAGCACACAUACAUCACCCAGACAUCUAUUUGAUGUGUGUUUACAUCUGGAAGACGUAUUGUUUAGGUUGUUUGCUCAUCUGCAAUACGUCUAUUAGAUGUUUACUCUCGGAUGUCAAUAAGACGUUCAGCAGAGACAUUUACUAAUUUGAACAUUUGUAAAUCUGAUCUUUUUAAGAUGUUUAGCAGAUGUUUAUUGUGUGUAUAGAUGUUAAUGUGAUGCUCUCCAGAUGAAAAGAUCUUAAACAGACAUCUCGGAGAUAUACAUGUGCUAUCAGGGGAAUGAAUAGUGAUUUUGAAUGGAGCCCGAAAUGCUGCAGCAAUCGUAGGUGUUUUAUUUAGUGAGGCAACACAAUGUGAUUUAGUGUGUCAGUAUGUCUAUAAAACCUCAUUAUAUAUGCAUUCACUUAUGUGAUUUAAAUAUUUAACAUAUUCAAGUGAAGGAGAAGAAUAGUGUUGUCUUGGUUAACACUUAAGGCAGUGCCAAACUUCAAACAAAAUGAGAAUCAGGAGAUGGACAAAAUGAAUGGUUUAGCUAGUUGCAAACAUCACAUUGGAAGGUAAUUUCUUGAAGGUAAUACAAAGUGUUCUGGCUACAGGCAAGACACAACGUCCUGUUUACACUACCAGAUGCAGUUAAAAUUUUGCUUUUCAAUUCAGUGAUUUGUAUAUUUUUUGCAUCUGUGUAGAAUUUGAUGUGUGAAGAAAUAAAUUCAAAAUAGGAGGUUUUGAUCUUAAAUGCAUCAGCAGAAAAGAGCUGAUUGGUUUAUGAAUGUAUUGUUUCAGUGGUGUGUGAAAUAAAUUGCUUUUACAAAGCUUCAUUGAAGUCUCCACCUGGAAGCUCCUUCAGCAAUUGCUUGUUUCCCAAAGUACAUCAGAAAUACUGUUGUCGGAUCCAUAAUUGUACUGUCAGGAUUGUUCUAAAACACAGUAAACCCUUACAAAAGGUACAGUAUAUGUAUUGGAAGAUUGCAGAUUUAAAGACUACUAUAGUACAAUAUGUAAGGGGGGAAAACAUGGUAAUACCAGUUCAGGACACUGAAAAGUUAAGCACAUGGGUGCAGUAAUAGUGUCAUUGCACUGUAAAUAUCUCAUACUCAACCCAGAUAGCACACAUACAUCUCUGAGAUGUCUGUUUUAGAUCUUUGUGGAAAGCAACAAAUUAUAAAUAACAUCUUAAAAAGAUCACAUUUACAAACAUUCUUAAUCAUAACAUUUACAUUUAUGCAUUUGGCAGACGCUUUUAUCCAAAGCGACUUACAGUGCACUUAUUACAGGGACAAUCCCCCCCGGAGCAACCUGGAGUUAAGUGUCUUGCUCAAGUACACAAUGGUGGUGGCGGCUGUCAGGAUCGAACCAGCAACCUUCUGAUUACCAGUUAUGUGCUUAGACCACUGCACCACCACCACUCCUCAUAAAUGUCUCAAAGACAUCUGCUAAACGUCUUAUUGACAUCCGAAAGGAAACGUCCAAUAGAAGUAUUGAAGAUGAGCUAACAACCUAAAUAAUACAUCUAUACGUCUUCCAGAUGUAAACACACACGCGUCGAAUAGACGUCUAGGUGAUGUACGUGUGCUAUCAGGUUAGUAUAGUGGUAAGAAGCGGGCGAGACCGGGCUACAAUUACCCCACGGGAAGGUGACACUUGUUUUUGGCAAGACAUUUCGCUGCCAUUGUAAAUGUGACAAUCCUUUGACAAUAAAGAUAUCAGACGACAGUAACAAAACCAUGUCCUGCAAUAUUAUGUCAUCCCAACAUUGUAAGGAUGUUUGAAUGAUUUAUCUAUAUUUUAGAGACAACUGUUACUAUAAAAUUGACUAAUCU